AUGAAGUGGAUAGCGAGCGCCCUGGGCGUUGCCGCUGUUCUACGCGGCACGGGAGCGACCGCCCCGUUCAGCGUGAGUGCCGAGACGAGCUGGUCGGCGCCUCCUCUGUCCCUCGAGAUCCUGGAAACAAUCUACGACGAGCGCCCAGAGGUCUACUUCCCCCUCCUGCGCCUGCUCACGACGCACGCGCAGGCGCUGGGGGCGAACGCAAGCGCGAAAGAUGUGCUCGAGCAGGCGCUGAGCCUGAUCGAGACGCACGCGCUGCUGCCCCUCCCGUCCGAGCAGAGCACGUUCAACCUCGGCCUGGCGCUGCACGCCGCCGCGCCGCGCGUCGAGGCGGCCUUCUCGGCGUAUUCGGCCGUCGACGAGGCCGCGCUCGGCGUGGCCGAGUGCGACGCAUGGGUCGAGUGGCGCGGCAAGGGCUUCUGCGGCGUCGACGAGCUGCGGCGCGACAUCGAGCUGUCCAUCGACGACGAGGCGCACGUCGCCUCGAAGACAGCCUACUCCCCUCUGCCGUUCGACCGCGCGUCCAACCCCGCCGCCAAGGCGCACGCAAUCUUCUACUACUCGCCCUCGGCGGCCGCGCUCCCGCUCCUGACCUACCUCGACGCCCAUGCAGCUUCGUACCCGUCCUUCCAGUACGUCGUGCGCUACCGCCCCACCGCGGCGGACAGGGAGCGGACCGCACGUACCCCGUUGGCGGGGUACGGCGUCGAGAUGGCCCUCAAGAACACGGAUUAUCUGGUCGUUGAUGACCGCGCGGGCGGCAACGGCGGGAACGCGCAGGCUACAUUCGAGGCCAAGUCUAACUCGUCGCAGCCGUUCGCGGCGGUGUUCGGCACCGACCCGUGGGCUGAGCUCGCCGUCCCGCUGACCCCCGCGGAGGCGAAAGACCUCGGCCUCCAGGCCAUCGCGCUCAUCAAGCGCUCCGAGGACCCCCUUGAGGCCUUCAUCGCCCUCUCGCAGGACCUGCCAAAGUACACUGCCGCGCUGGCACGCCACGUCGACGUGCCCGCCAACAUUCGUGAGCGCGCCGAGCGCCUGUCGGUGCAGCACCCGAUCGGACCGUCGUUCUACCUCAACGGAAGGCUGCUGAAGGACACUGACCUGACGGCGUUUGGCCUGCUCAAGGCGAUCCGCGAGGAGCGCCACUACAUCACCUCGCUGCUCUCCCUCGGCUUCACGCCCGAGCAGGCGUUCAACAUCAUCUCUGACCCGAUCAUCGGGCAAGCCCAGGCCGAGGACGACCCGCUCGACGGCAUCGUUGACGCCAGCGACCGCCUCGAGGGACAGCCGGUCAUCACGUGGCUCAACGACCUCGAAACCGACCGCCAGUACCAGCAGUGGCCGAAGGACAUUGGAGGCUACCUCCGCCCCAUGUACCCCGGCCAGCUGCACCUCAUCAGCCGCAACACCUGGAAUGUCGUGCUCGUUAUCGACCUUGCGACACUCAAGGGCCUGGACGUCAUCCUCGGCUCGGUGUCGACCCUGUUGGGUCGCAGCAUCCCGCUCCACAUUGGUAUCGUGCCCAUGUUUGACAAUGUCGACGAGACUUCCGGCAAAAUCGCCAAGGCGUACUACUACCUCGACGUCAACCUCGGCAGCGCCACUGCCCGCGAGUUCCUCCUCAGCACCGCGCGCAAGUCCAACGGCGAGCUGGUUAUCACCGAGACCAUGGCCAGGGACGGGUACGCCAAGACGCUGGAUAACAGCGACACUACGGGCGAGCUCCUCUCCUUUGACGACCUCCAGGCCAGCCCCAUUGUCGACAAGCUCAUCGACGCCAACCAGGCUUACGCUGCCCGUCUCGGCGCUACGAAGCAGGAGUCUGCCUCUGGCCACUUCUUCCUCAACGGCAAGCACACUGUGCUCUCACAGGGAUGGACCCAGGAGCUCCAGUCGGGCAUCAUGGCCCAGCUGCAGUACCUCCAGGAGGCGAUCGCCUCGGGCUACCCUAUCGACCCCGAGACCAUCGGGUACUACUUCUACGACCUGCCCACGACCGCCACGCGCAGGAACAAGUUCAUCGUACCUUCGCCUGGCGUCAACCAGCUGCUCUCGUUCAACCUUAUGGACGUGUUCAAGGGUCUGGAGCUUACCCUCAUGCACGAGUUCAUCUAUCCGUCCAAGACCGAGAAUAAGGCCGUCCCCCUGACCACCUGGAUCGUCGGUGACCUCGACUCAGCGGAGUCUCGCGCGCUCAUUGAGAAUGCCCUCGUCCACCUUCAGGACAAGCGGUGCUCCUCACGCCUCGGCUUUGUCCACGUUCCGACGGCCGGAACGGCCCUCCCUGCUGGUGCUCCUCGCCUCUCCACCUUCCUCCACCAGCUCAUCUUCAACGCAAAGCUGAACGACGUGACUCCCGAGGCCUUCUCCGAGUAUCUGAAGGAGCUCGACGCCCUCACGGACAACGUUGAUCAGGACGGAAAGAUUACUGCGGACGGCACUGACGCCGAAUUGGACGAGGAGGGUCGCCCCCUCAACUCGUUCACUUCAGGCGGCUGGUUCGCCACGGACAACGCGGCGGCCGCCGAGUUCUGGAAAAUGGGCGCGGGUGUCGCUGAGCACCUCAAGAUCCAGGGCUCGCAGCCCCACAUCCUCAUCAACGGCCGUCUCAUCGGCCCUGUUACUGCCGACGACUUCAAGCGUGCCGACCUGCAGGCUCUGGAGCAGUACGAGCUCCGCAAGCGCGUUCACCCCCUCAUCGCCCUGCUCGACACGUACCUCGACGAUGCGGACCAGAUGCCCCCGGCCUCCCUCGCCAACGUCUUCGCCGUCACCUCGUCCGUCGUCUCGUCCUCAUACAUGCCCCAGGGAGCUGAGGGUAUCUUCACGCCUCUGCGUGGUGCGCGUACCCGCGGCUAUGACCAACUUGACGACGACGACAUCUCGUUCUCUGUUGGAGACCCGGACUCGGCUCUCCUGCGAGCCGCAGUCAUCAUCGACCCCAUCUCGGAGCAGGCGCAGAAGUGGUCUGCCCUUUUGGAUCUCCUCUCGGACAUUGAUCAUGUUGCUAUCAAGGUCUACUUCGACCCCAACAUCGCCGCCAAGGAGGUCAAGGUCAAGCGCUUCUACCGCUCGUCCCUCCGCUCCAAGCUCUCAUUCGACGUGGACGGAAACGAGGUCGCGCCGCUCGUCACGUUUGAGGACAUGCCCUCCAAACCCAUCUACACCCUCGCGAUGGACGUUCCCGGCUCGUGGAUUGUCCGCCCCAAGGAGUCGUUCCUCGACCUCGACAACCUCCUUCUCGGCAACCUCCAGGAGCCGACCCACGUCCGCUUCGACCUCCAGCAGCUCGUCAUUGACGGCCACGCACGUGAGGCGAGCAACUCGCCUCCGCGCGGCCUCCAGCUCCAGCUGCUUGACGGUGACAAGAUUGCGUCAGACACGCAGGUCAUGGCCAACCUCGGAUACUUCCAGUUCAAGGCCACUCCUGGCGUUUACCAGCUGGCUAUCCGCCCUGGCCGCGGGGAGGAGGUCUUCGAGCUCACCAGCGCCGGUGCCGAUGGAUGGGACAGCCCUACCGUCCAAGAGUCGGGCGUUGGCAUCCCCCUCGCCGCGUUUGACGGCGUCACAUUGUACCCCCGCUUCAGCCGCCGCCCAGGCAUGGAGAAGGCGGACGUUCUGGCCAGCGCUGAGGUGUCCCACCCCACCGGCUUCGUCGGCUCGGUCUUUGGACGCAUGAAGGAGAUGGUUGGACUCUCACCUGCCGUUACCAAGCCUGCCUCGCGCCACGCAGACAUCAACAUCUUCACUGUGGCGUCUGGCCUUCUUUACGAGCGCUUCGCGUCCAUCAUGAUCCUCAGCGUUAUGAAGCACACAGAGAGCACGGUCAAGUUCUGGUUCAUCGAGAACUUCCUGUCGCCUACCUUCAUUAACUUCCUCCCACACCUCGCCAAGGAGUACGGCUUCGACUACGAGCUCGUGACGUACAAGUGGCCCCACUGGCUUCGUGCCCAGACGGAGAAGCAGCGCAUCAUCUGGGCCUACAAGAUCCUCUUCCUUGACGUCCUGUUCCCCAUGGACCUCGACAAGGUCAUCUUCGUUGAUGCUGACCAAAUCGUCCGUGUCGACAUGAAGGAGCUGGUUGAUCUCGACAUCAAGGGCCACGUCUACGGCUACCCGCCAAUGGGCGACGACCGCGAGGAGAUGGAGGGUUUCCGCUUCUGGAAGACGGGCUACUGGAAGAACGAGCUCCGCGGACGCCCGUACCACAUCUCGGCGCUGUACGUCGUCGACCUGAAGCGCUUCCGCCAGUUCGCGGCCGGCGACCGCCUGCGCGGGCAGUACCACGCCCUGUCGGCGGACCCGAACUCGCUCGCCAACCUCGACCAGGACCUGCCCAACUCGAUGCAGGACGUGAUUCCCAUCUUCACGCUCGACCAGGAGUGGCUCUGGUGCCAGACAUGGUGCAGCGACGAGAGCCUGGCGCGCGCCAAAACCAUCGACCUGUGCCAGAACCCGUUGACAAAAGAGCCCAAGUUGGUCCGCGCCCGACAGAUCCCUGAAUGGGACACCUAUGACCGCGAGAUUGCCGCUUUCGCUGCCUCGCUCGAGUCGGGCGCUGGUGCCCUCGCGGCCAAUGUCGACGACCUCGCCAGCGGCCCUGUUGGUGGCAGUGGAAAGGCAAAGGCCGGCGACGAGCCCAAGGCCGCCGAGGACAAGCCGGCUGCACAGGAGGAAACAGAGGACAAGACCUCUGGCCACAUCGACGACGAGCUCUAGUAGUAGAUUACAGUCACUAGCAUGCAGCUGCAUACAGAAAGAA